ACUUUGGACCAAUCAGGACGCCGCUUUGCCUUCCUACAGCAGGACUCACAGAGGUUCAAUCUGGACCGCCUUGAGAAGAAACUAUCUGCUUUCAAUUCAAACUGAGAAAACUCUUCCACUUCCGCUGACAUAUGAAACAACCAACUAAUUAUCACUGAAGGAAACGUUUCCAAGUGAUGACAAUGUUGGGUAUGUACGUGCCAGACAGAUUUUCUCUGAAAUCGUCAAAGGUCCAGGAUGGAAUCGGUCUUUACACGGCGAGGCGAGUGAAAAAGGGAGAAAAGUUUGGCCCCUUCGCCGGUGAGAAAAAGCUGCCCAGUGAGCUGGAUGAAAGCUCGGACACCAGGCUGAUGUGGGAGGUUCGUGGCAGUAAAGGGGAUGUUCUGUAUAUUCUGGAUGCAAGUAAUCCUCGCCAUGCCAACUGGCUGCGGUUUGUUCAUCAGGCGCCUUCACAGGAGCAGAAGAACUUGGCAGCCAUUCAGGAUGGAGAGAACAUCUUCUACCUGGCUGUGGAUGACAUAGAGACAGAUACAGAGCUCCUGAUUGGCUACUUGGACAGUGACAUGGAAGAAGAGGAGGAAGAGGAGGAAGAAGAUGUAAAAGAUGAAGAUGAGAACAGUAAAGAGACCAAACAUCUUGUAGAAAUGGAACUUGUCAUAAAGAAGGAAGACCACCCCUGCCUGCUGUGUGAGAGCAGUUUUCCCAGUGAAGAGAUCCUUGCGGCCCACCUUCAGAGUCUGCACCAGAGGCCCAGCACUGAGGACAAGGAGUUCAAAUGCAGGAACUGUGGCAAAAAGUUCCCCAUCAAACAAGCUCUACAGCGCCAUGUUUUGCAUUGUUCUGAGUCACUUGAUCCAUCAGGUGACUCUAAAGCUCACCAGUGCUCCAUUUGCCACAACACCUUUAGCUCAGAAUCCAGUUUCGAACAGCACAAGGAAGCAUGUAAAGGAGAUGCCAGGUUCAUAUGUAAAACAGAAAGCUGUGGGAAAAGAUUCAAAAGCAAGGAUGCUUUGAAGAAACAUAAAGGCAAUGUUCACACAGGAAGUGCACGACGGAAACUCACCUGCACCAUAUGCAACAGAAAAUGCUCUUCCUCUAUGAAUCUUCAAGAGCACAGAAAGGUACAUGAAAUAUUUGAAUGCCACGCAUGUGACAAAAAAUUCAUCUCAACCAACCAGCUCAAACGCCAUAUGAUCACACACUCUGAGAAGCGACCCUACACUUGUGAGAUCUGCAGUCGAUCGUUCAAGCGUUUGGAUCAGGUGACAGCUCAUAAGAUCAUCCACAGUGAGGAUAAACCAUAUAAAUGUAAACUGUGUGGAAAAGAGUUCGCUCAUCGCAAUGUCUAUAAGAAUCACAAGAAGACCCACUCCGAGGAAAGGCCCUUUCAGUGUGAGGAGUGUAAAGCGCUGUUCCGUACCCCCUUCUCUCUGCAGCGCCACCUUCUUAUCCACAACAGUGAAAGGACAUUCAAAUGUGACCAGUGUGAUGCCACCUUUAAGAGAAAGGACACGCUCAACGUCCACAUCCAGGUGGUGCACGACGGCCACAAGAAGUACAAGUGUGACCUGUGUGAGAAGGCCUUCGUCACUCCCUCUGUCCUGAAGAGCCAUAAGAAGACUCACACAGGGGAGAAGGAGAAGAUCUGCCCUUACUGUGGACAAAAGUUUGCCAGCAACGGCACGCUAAGGGUUCAUAUCCGCAGCCAUACAGGUGAGCGUCCAUACCAGUGCCCCUACUGUGACAAAGCGUUCAGCAAGAACGAUGGCCUGAAGAUGCACAUCCGCACCCAUACUCGGGAGAAGCCGUACAAAUGCAGCGAGUGCAACAAGGCCUUCAGCCAGAAACGGGGACUGGACGAGCACAUGAGGACGCACACGGGAGAGAAACCCUUCCAGUGUGAUGUGUGUGAUUUGUCAUUUAGCUUGAAGAAGAUGCUCAGCAGACAUAAGCUGACUCACAACCCCAACCGGCCCAUGGCGGAGUGCCAGCUCUGCCAUAAGAAGUUCACUCGGAACGACUACCUCAAAGUCCACAUGGAGAAUGUCCACGGGGAGACAGAGAGCUAAAGCCAAUUACAGGAUCACAAAUGAGAUCUCCAAGAUAAAGUUCUGCCUUGUGUGUGACGUACCAGUAAAGUAGGAACAGGCUGCAUGUAGAGAUGGACUGAUAGUUGAAAUGUUGGUAUUACCAAUAGACGCAUGUAGAAUACAGGGAACAUUAAGACAAGCAUGUCACAAUUGAAACAAAGACUUCAUCUAAUUUCUGUUUCCCCAUCUUCCUGUUUCUGCAUUAUUUUUAAUAUUUGGACAAAGCGAUUCCCAUAUAUAUAUAUGCACUGUGUCUGCUCCCAUGAAUGUCUUGUAGUUUACGUCGAAUCCUUCAGACCUCUUACCAGUGUUAUUCUAUGUACCAUUUUAGCCAGAGUUUGUACCUCGAUGUACGUCUGUGGCCAGUUUCCAAGUGCUCCAGAAAACCAGUGACCAGAUAACUUUUGGGGUCCUUUUCAGGGUUUUACUUUUAUCCAUUCACUUGGUUUUGUUAAAAGUGACACCUGCUCUUAGGGAAGUCCAAACCUCCACAAAUCCAUUACAUGGGUCUCCAGUUUUGGAGCAUAUUGUAUAAGCGAUGGAACCUGAUUGUUGAAUGGAGCUCUGAAAACAGGAAGUAGCUACAUGAUCUGCACUAGCUCACAAGUUUCGGCUUUUGUUUACAUAAAACCAAGAGAGUAUAAACAGGCUUUCAUCAGUCUAAUCUGCAGCUUUUUCUGGACCUACUUGCUCUUUAUUGUUAUGGUAGUUAGAAUUGGAUCCAGGUUUCACACACAGUGAUUUGCAAAGGUAAUAACAACCCUGGAACUUUUUUCAUGUUUUGUCAUGUUACAAUUGCAAGCCUCAAUGCAUUUUAGUCAGGUUUUUUGGGUUAGACAAACACGAAGUAGCAUAUAACUGUGAAGGAUGUUUUUCUUUUACAAAAGGGAAAGCCGAAGAGUGGGUUGUGGAUUUGUGUUCAGUUCAUCUACGGUUAUAUUUUGUAGAACGUCUAAACAACUACUAAAAAAAAUGGAUCUCCAAAGCAUGAUGCUGCCGCCACCAUGUUUCACAGUGGCGAUGGUGUGUUCAGGGAUAUGUACAGAGUUAGUUUUUCUCCAUAGUGUUUUGCAUGUAGGUUUAGUUUUGGUCUCAUUACACUUGAACACCUUUUUCCACAUGUUCACUUAUAUCCUGUAACACAUUUCUAUGGCCCUACAGAACACCUGGAUUGAUACUUGGUUUAAAUUGGACUUUGGGUAACUAUUUUUCAAUUAGUUGUACUGGAUUUUAUUUGGGGAUAACGUAUUAAAGGUGUCUGUACACAAAUACACCCAACAUCUUUCAGAUUUUCAUUGUAAAAACUGUCUGGAAACUAUAUCGUUUCCAUUCCAUUUAAGACUUAAGCACUACUUUGGUUUGGUCUGAUACAUAAAAUCCCAAUAAAGCUUUAUUAAAGUUUGCUUGUCAUGGUGUGACAAAAUGUAAAACGUUCAUGGGGUGUGAAUACUUUAGGAAGGUCCGCUUUGUUCUCUGACUGUUUUCUACAGUUUUGUUGUUUGAAUCUAAUGCCUGGUUCCCACGGCAGGAUUUUAUGACGAUUUUUGACCAGAUCUUCUCCUUCCGACAUAGGCUGAUCAUUGGGAUGGUUCUUAAGAUAAUCGUAUGAGACAAUCCUGUUGUGUGUGGUAUGUUAAGAGUCAUCUGGUCUGCUCGGAAGGACUUCGGGGAUGCUCUGACCUCAAAUCAGGAAUAUUGAACAUGUUGGAUUGUCUUGGCCCAAUAUCCCAGCAUGUGGGGUGUUCCCUGAGGACAAAUGAGCACGCAGCCUGUUGAAUGUAACAUGUAGCCAAUCAGAAAGCGAGGUGAUGGAAACACAGAAGGGAAUUACUCUGAACUCACAUUUGAUCUCGAGAGGGUUUGUGAGAUUUCCAUUCUGACAUCUGAAUGUCCGUGAGUGAAAUCUGUUCGUGUGUGGUGUGUUGUGCCUGUAGAACCAAACCUGUUAUCCCUUAGAGUUUUUAAGGUCACAUGUGGGGUCUCUCAGGUUUUGAAAAUCUUGCCGUGUGAACCAGGCAUUAGAUGGAUGGAGUCCAGGUUCAAAUGAAGUUUGCCUACAUAUUUGUGGACCAGACAGUCUCCUACAAAGGGACUAAAGAAGAACCAAAGUACUGUUUUUGUUUUCUUUCCUUAGAAACUUUUUAAUCUUUAUUUGUAAAAAUUGUUGUGCCUUAUAAAACAUGUUUACAUGGUUUUAUAUUCAUCUUUGUUCAAUACAGUGUUUUAUAUAUUUCAUCAUAAUCUUUCUUCUUUUCCCAUUACUUUUCAACUUCCUUCCUCGUUCAGUGCUCUCAUGAUUAAUCCCCAGUUUUCCAGCUGUUUAUUCUACAUCUGGAAAAUGUGAAUUGUCACUUCACACUUUUGUGUUUUGAGAUGUAUGAAACCUCAUCACCUACCAAACAUCCAUUUCCCCCACUUACUCUAUUUACUUGUUUGUGAACUGUUGACAUUGAGGGGGGAAAAUGGAAAAUAAAUGGCUUUUAGAGUUGAUUAAAAGCAUUCAUUUCUCGUUAAUCUAACCCCUAUUCUUAGGUUGGCAUUCUGAUGGGAGUGGAGGCUAAUUAAGGUUUUUUUUUUUCUCUCUUUCUGAGGCCACAGUCACCACUCGCCUGAUCUGUAAAGCCACACACUAAAGAGCGCCUCUGAUGGUUUCUCUCUGUGGAUGCGGAGACUCUUUCUCACGUCCAUCCCCCCACAUCAGCUCUUUUGGUAUCUCCACACUGAAAUCUGUGAGAAUCCCAUGAGCAGUUGAAUAAAGUGGGAGCGUUGUUCUCAUCAUACAGCCUGCUGUUCAAGCUUAAUAAAACUUGCCAUGUGUGCUUUUGGCUUCCCUAAAACAUCUAACUAUUACAGCAUGUUUCUGUGCAUGUUUGUUAGUGUGACUGUUUGCUUUCUACUGCUGAUGUUCUGACCUUAUAGUCCAGAAACAAAAACUGCAGGAUGUCUCCAGGUUCAGAUUACGUGCAGCCAAUCUGACCUGCCCUGCCCCUCCCCCUAGAGUUUGGUUUACCAACUGGCAACAAGGGGUGCAGCCAGGCGACCAUGUCUCUGUCCACUUGUGCCACCAACCUACUGUUCUUUAGUGGUGACGCCUCCAGGCCAUAGUGAUGCCCUCUCAAAGUGGCAUUUUUGCUGCAUCUUGUAAACAACAUUAGAAGCAGGAAUUAGCAGCUGUCCAUGGUUUUCCACUGGAUAUCAAAAUGAGAACAGUGACAGGUCCCUGCUUCUGACUUGAACUGCCCUCGCGCUGUUUCUUAUAUUGUGUUUUUCCUGUAUGCAAACAUGUGUUAUGUGGGACUAAAUGUGAGGAAAAGAAGUUUGUGCAACAUUAAGUUCUGUCACAUCCAGUCACAAAGUUCUUGUUGUGUCUUAUGAUUCACCCUCAUUAUGUGUAGUGCAGGUUAUAUUGGGAUAAAGAAAUAGAAUAUGGAAACACCAUGAAUAAUUGGUUUAAAUUAAAAUAAAUAUUUACAUAUCAA